GGCUGUUCUGCCGAGGGGGCGGGGCGUGGCGCUCGCGCCGCUGGGACAGCCGCUCCCCUCGGCUUGCGGCUUUCAAACGCCGAGAGGCGGCGAGAGAGCGGGAGCGGAGCCGUGAGGGACGGCGGGCGGCGGCCAGCGGUGGCUGGUGUAAGAGAGAGACCUGCUGCUCCUGACCAUGUCGAGGAGAAAGCUGGAGAACAAAAGCCUUUCUGGCUUGUUGGCCACAUCUCUGCACACACCAAUCAAGACAGAAAACUUCUACAAUUUUUAUAUGCUUGAAUCAAAAGAGCUAGGAAGAGGAAGAUGUGCUGUGGUUAGAAAAUGUGUAGCUAAAUCCACAGGCCAAGAGUAUGCAGCUAAAUUUUUAAAGAAAAGGAGAAGAGGUCAAGACUGCAAAGCAGAGAUUGUGCAUGAAAUUGCUGUCCUUGAACUAAUGAAAUCCAAUCCUCGCAUAGUUAAUCUGCAUGAAGUCUAUGAGACAGCAAAUGAAAUCAUCUUAGUGUUGGAAUAUGCUGCUGGAGGAGAAAUAUUUGACUUGUGUGUCCCAGAUCUGGAUGACAGAAUUUGUGAAAGGGAUAUUGUAAGGCUUAUAAGGCAAAUACUCGAAGGACUUUGCUGCUUGCAUGAAAACAAUAUUGUUCAUCUUGAUUUAAAGCCUCAAAAUAUUUUGCUGAGCAGCAUCAAUCCUCUUGGUGAUGUAAAAAUUGUGGAUUUUGGGAUGUCCCGGAAGCUUGAGAAUUGCAAUGAACUGCGGCAGAUCAUGGGAACCACAGAGUACCUCGCUCCAGAAAUCUUGAACUAUGAGCCUAUUACCACAGCUACAGACAUGUGGAACAUCGGUGUCAUCUCAUACAUGCUGCUGACACAAGAAUCUCCAUUUGUGGGAGCUGAUGUUCAAGAAACUUACCUUAAUAUAUCUCAAGUUAACGUGGAUUAUUCAGAAGAAAUAUUUUCAUCAGUUUCACAGCCUGCAAAAGACUUCAUUCAAAAACUUCUCAUAAAAAGUCCAGAGGACAGGCCCACUGCAGCAGACUGUCUGUCCCAUUUGUGGUUGCAGCAAGGGGAGCUCACGCUCCUGUGCAGCCCUGAAGAGAUUUGCUGCUCCUCUCAGCUGCCAGGACACACAGCCAAGUGCUCAGAAGAGUGGAGUGUAAAAUCCAGCUGCAGUGGGAGCUGCAGUGACAAGGAGGACAAGGAGAACAUCCCAGAGGACAGCAGCACGCUCUCCAAACGCUUCCGCUUCGACGACUCACUGCAGUAUCCCCAAGACUUGGUGACAGACUUUGUGUGCUAAUGUGGAACACAGACUUUGCACGGAAUGAGUUCAGAAUAAUCUGUUCCAGUGGUGAAAAAAAGGUUCUGGCUUGCCAAUUUGUGCAGCAUUGGCAUACUGGAAAUGCACUUUGAUUCUUUUAUGCUGGUGCCUCCUUUUCUAUCCAUUGCUGGCAGUGGAUUUAACUCCUGAGGAAUUGGAGCUGUUGCGCCAAUAAAAUGAAUUAUUUUUUUUAAGAAGAUAUAAUUAAAUAUUUUUGCACUUUUCAA